GAAACAUGGCGAGGAAGAAGGUGAACCUGGCAUGGAUCGCCAAUGACUCCACGCGGCGGGCCACCUUCAAGAAACGGAAGAAGGGGUUGAUGAAGAAGGUGAGCGAGCUGGCGACGCUGUGCAACGUGAAGGCGUGCAUGAUCAUCUACGGGCCGCAGGAGCAGCAGCCGGAGGCGUGGCCGUCGGCGCAGGAGGCGGCGCGGUUGCUGGAGCGGUUCAAGAGCAUGCCGGAGAUGGAGAAGUGCCGGAAGAUGAUGGACCAGGAAGGGUUCCUCCGGCAACGGGCCGCCAAGCUGCAGGAGCAGCUCCGGCGGCAGGAGCGCGACAACCGCGAGCUCGAGGUGAGCCUCCUGAUGCACCAGGCGGUGGCGGGACGGAGCCUAUACGACGUCAACAUCGAGGACGCGACGAGCCUCGCGUGGAUGGUGGACGCCAAGCUGAAGUCGGUGCAGGAUCGGAUCAACCAGCAGACGACGCAGCUGGCGCUGCGUUCCGCGGCGGAGUCGUCGGCGACCUCCCAGGUCACUGCGAAGGACCCGAUCGAGAUGGCCAUGGAUUCGCUUCAGCGGCAGAACUGGCUCCUCGAUGCCAUGCAUCCCAGCGAGAACGUAAUCUUUGGCGGCGGUGGCGGGGAAGAAAUCAUGCCAAUUUCUUGCGUCGAACACAACAGCUCAUGGCUGGAUCUCUACUUCCCCUUCAAUUGAAGACGACAGAUUUCUAUCACGUUGGUGCUUUUGGCUAAACUCUGUUAAUAAGCAGAGAUUCGGUUGGGUUGCUCUCUUGAUUUGUAGUUCUGCAGUGUCUUUUUCUUUACCUUUUAUCAAUGAUUUCAAUUAAGAUCUC